UUCAAACCAUGUGGCAUUUAAGUCUGAUGCUCUUGUAGCUAAUAAAAUGAACUUAAAAUCUGAUGGCAAACAGCUGAAAAUGAGAAAUACUAUUUUUGGAUUAAACAAUCAGCAUCAAUCAAUGGUAAAUGAGAAUGGUGAACCCAAAGGAAUGAAACAGGUCUUAAUCGAACGUG